ACUAGACACUAUUUACUUCCUUCCUACUGUCCAACUUAAAUCUUUCUCACAUGGAAAUGUGAAGUUUUGGUUAGUACCGAAGUCAAGAUUCACAACUUCGCUAUCUCCUGGCUUCAUCAUUUCUGUAUAUUGCAACCUCUACCAGGGCAUCCGGAAUAUGUGAACAUGACAUCCAAGGUGAAGAAGCACACACUCGAUCACGACAGUGAUCCUAGGUCCAGCGAGCACCGUCAGCUGAAGAGAGCGAAGCCGGACAAAUUAUCAGAUUCCCGAGAUCCGCAAUUAAAGGCAUUGCCAAAUGUGGAUGCGAAUGGCGACCGUUACUGGGAGCUGUCGAAGUCGCGUCGUGUGACAAUUUCAAACUUCCGAGGGAAAGUAAUGGUCAAUAUCAGGGAGUAUUAUGAGAAAGAUGGCCAUAACCUUCCCGGCAGAAAGGGGAUUUCUCUUCCUAUCGAUCAGUACUCGGCACUUGUGACUCUGUUACCCGAAAUCGAGCUUGCAAUGAGAAACCACGGUCAAUCAGUUCCCCGGCCGUCGUAUGACGCCAAGGAUUUGCAACAGUCAACAGGUGGAAAUGAAACGGAGGAGGCAAAUGCCUCGGUUCAUGAAAUUGCGCGCAAGAACAUUGAGGCUACAAGCGACGAGGGGAGUGGGGAAGAUUAGUCUUAUAACCGCUUUCCAAGGGCAGAGAGACUAACUCUACGCCUAAGUGGUGCCUCUUACACCUUGAACUAGCGGC